AUGAUCCUAGGAGAUGAAAAUAAAAAAAUAAUGCAGCCGACAUCUGAUCUCCAUAAUUUAAUUGGACAAACGCUGUCAAUGAUCAUUACACCUGAUCAACAACUGAUAAAUAAAGGUCAGCAACAACUGGCCUCGUUAGAAUUAUUAGAAACAUAUACAUUAGUUUUGACUGAAAUCAGUGUCGACAAUAAAAUUCCAAUUAGUAUUAGACAACUGGCUGGUGUUCUCUUAAGAAAAUAUAUCAGUAAACAUUGGACAAGAAAUAUUGAAAAUUUUAUUGAACCUGAAGUACCCGAAGAGAUCAAAUGUCAGAUACGCAAAAUAUUACCAUCUGGUUUACAAGAGCCAAAUCAUCGUUUACGUGUUGGAUUAGCAUGUGUAAUAUCAGCUGUUGCCGAAUGGGAUUGUCCUGAAGCAUGGCCAGAAUUACUUCCAUAUUUGAUUAAUUCUCUGAAAAGUCAAAAUAAAUCGUUGGUACAUGGAACAGUGCGUGUGUUAACAGAAAUUGUACGUGAUUUAGAUGAUAAACAAAUACAAGUAUUUAUACCAUUGUUAUUACCCGAAAUGUAUCGACUUAUUAUUAGUCAUGAACAAUUUAAUAUUCGUAUUCGAACACGUUGUGUUUCAAUAUUUACACUUUGUAUAUCAUUAGUACACGAUAUUGCUACUUACGAGAAACAGACGUGUCUCACUUAUAUUGUACCAUUUUUAUCACCUUAUUGUGACGCAUUGAAAAAAUUCCUUGUCACAUCUGAUUCUCAUGCUUGUGAUACUGGUUUUCGAAUUGAAAUUAUACGUGCGUUCACUCUCUUAUUCAAAUCAUUUCCAAAAUUAAUGCAACAAGAGGCAUCUACGAUUUUACAAUCAGUUUGGAAUUGUCUCACACAGAAUACAGAGAAUUAUGUUGCUACAGUCAUCUAUAAACAUGGUGAUAUGGACGCAGCAGUGGAUUCAGACGGAGAAACAUUGAGUUUUGAAUGUUUGAUAUAUAGUUUAUUUGAAUUUGUCCAAUACGAUUCUUGGUCAAAAAAUGUUUCCCGUUAUGUUGAAGAUGAAAGCGAUGACUCAUUUUCACAUUCUGUUCGUUUAUCGGCAUUAGAACUGUUGUUGUCCAUCACAAGUGAGUUUAAGAGAGAGGCGGGUGUUGGUCUUUGGAAAAGUGUUCAUCGGCAUUUAUCACAUGCUGAAACAUUAAAAUCAAAUCAAUCACCUCGAUGGUGGAAAUUACAUGAAGCUUGUCUGUUGGCAAUGGGACGGUGUAAACAAUUAUUGACCGAUAUGCUCUUGGCAGGUUUUGUACAAAUUGAUCUCGACGCAUUUGUUAAGCAAGUACCAUUAGCUGAUUUAAACCAAUUCGAAUAUCCCUACUUAGUUUGUCAAGCUGCAUUAUUUGCUGGCCGUUUUUCACGUUCAAUGAGUGCUGAAAUAAACACAGCAUUUUUAGAUGGAAUAUGUCAUUUGUUAAUGCAUGCUCAACAUCCAAUCAUCAGUUUGUCGUCACUAAGAGCAUUUUACUAUUAUUGUGAAGAAUUAGGUAUUGAACAAACAACUGAUAUUUUGAAAUACCUUCCAUCUAUAUUUGAUGGUAUACUAUUAACACUUAGUCGAAUACCACAAUCUACAUACAUAUGGCCACUGGAAUCAUUAGCUAUUUUGAUUAGCGUUGACGAACCAUUUGUAGCAUCAGUUGAAGAUCGUUUAUCAACUUUAGCCAUCGAAAUGUUUGUGCGUUAUGUUAAUGAUCCAUUAAUUAAUAGUGAAACAACAGCAAUUAUUAAGGGACUUGUACAUAAUAAUCUUGUCACAAAUUUAAUACAAGAACGUUUAAUACCUGUGGUUGAAUCAAUAUGUUAUACUGAAGAACAACAGAAACAACAAAAAAUAGCAACAAAUUUACCACCUGCUGUACUGGAUCUGUUAACGACUGUAUUACGUUCAAUGGAUCCACCCAUUAAUCGUCUACUAAUGGAAAAAACAUUUCCAAUUGUUUUACAUUUAUUAUUAACAAGUGAUGAUCAACAAAUUUUACUUAAUGGUGGUGAAUGUUUAUGUGCAUUUUUAUCUUGUGCAUCUAAAGAAGUUCUUGAACAUCCUAACAGUACAGUGUAUAUUCUACAAAUAUUAGCAAAAUUUUUAAACCCAAAAAUGUCGGAAAACUGUUGUACAUUUGUGGGAAAAUUGAUAAGAUCAUUCAUACGUGUUAUUGGAAAUAAUCAAUUAUCAUUGGGUGAUACGUUGGUACAAAUAUUAAAAGCUGUUUUAGCAAAACUACAAGGAAGUUCAAUUUUAACCGUACAACAAAGUUUAAUUGUCGUUUUUGCACAUUUAAUUCACAGUAAUAUUGACGAUGUUAUUAAUUUUUUAACAUCAAUGCCUGGACCGAAUGGCGGAAGUGCAUUUGAUUUUGUUAUGCAAGAAUGGACAAUGAAACAACAUUUAUUUUAUGGUCCGUACGAUAUAAAAGUCAGCAUAAUCGCAUUAUCCUGUCUACUAGAACAUGCCAUGACUAAUAAUGAUGUACGUUUCCAGACUUUGGUUGUUCCUGGCGAUCAAGUUAUUUAUCAGUCAUCAUUAUCAAAUCAUCAAGGUGGUCCAAGUUUUCGUACACGUUCAAAAACAACAAAAAUGCCAGAACAAUGGACAAGUGUACCAUUAGUUGUAAAAUUAUUCAAAAUUCUUGUAUUAGAAUUACAAAAUCAAAUAAAUACCCGAAAAGAAUUGAAAGAUGAAGCGGAUUAUAAUGAUGAUAGUGAUCUUGAAGAUGAUAGUGAUGAUGGUGGUGAAGAAAAUAGUAACGGUGGUGAAGAUGAGGGAAAAGAAACAAUGAAUGGAAGCAAUGCUAAAAUGAAAUCAUCGUUAAAUGAAGAUGAAACAGCAUCUCUAAGUAAAGAAGAUGAAAUAACAAAAUAUUUAAAUCGCUAUGAUAAUUUACUUGAUGACGUAUUUGAUAUGGAAUUUUUUAAUGAAAAAGAUCCUGAUGCACUUUUAUCACCAAUAAUGCAAAUUGAUUUGUUAGAAUAUUUAAAAGAACGUAUUCGACAUUAUGCACUACAUCCGUGGUUUGCUUUUUUUCGCUUACAUUUAAAUUUAAUGGAAAAACAAGCAUUACAGAAAAUUGGUAUCAAUGUCAAUUAA